CGUUCACUUCCAAAGAUUCCACGCGCAUGCAACGUCGCAGCUGGUCCUUUGUGCCCGCGUUGGCGCUGGCGAUGCGAGCGGCGGCUGCGAACACCACCAGCCCUCUCCCGACAACGUCGCCAUUGACGCCCACAACAGCGCCUCCAGCACCAACUAGUAGCGCAAUACCAGCGUCCACAGACAAGACUGCCGCGCCGACCAUCAUAGCGCCGACCGCAACUGUGACCGUCGUGUCGGACCCCAAUGCAACGCUCAACACAACGCUGACCUUUACGCUCGGUGCUAUCUGCGGCAUCCUCCUCGUCGUCAUCGUCCUUUUCUUCGUCAAGCGCAAGCGCGAGCGCCGUCAAGGGACGCUUGGCCGUGACGCCCACCAACUCUCGCCAAGUUUUCUCUCGGUCGAAACUCCGCUGCCAGCGCGAUCGUCAUAUAAAUCAACCGUCUCGACACCCAAGGUCGCCGUGCUGGGGCCCAGCGCCGACGAAUUCGACAUGGACGUCGCUGCGCAAUUCGAGGCGCACCCGCGAGACUUGGACCUCCAUGAGAUGGACAGCCCGUAUAUGUCGGACUCGUCAAGUGGGAGGCGGAGCUCGUCCGACCUCGGGUCCAUGGACUCGACGCGUUUCGAAGAAAUGGUGCGCAUGAAAAUCAACCUCUUUUAAGCCAUUAUGCGUCUAUUUAAUAUAAUGUCACGUUGAUCAUUCGCC